AGUGGCUAGGAGGAUUUGAAAGGCAUUAUGGAAUUAAGAUUUCCCAGGUUUAGCCAAGGCUUAGCUCAGGACCCCACUACUCGUCGUAUUUGGUUUGGUAUUGCUACCGCACAUGAUUUCGAAAGUCAUGAUGAUAUUACUGAGGAACGUCUUUAUCAGAACAUUUUUGCUUCUCACUUUGGGCAGUUAGCAAUAAUCUUUCUAUGGACGUCCGGAAAUCUGUUUCAUGUAGCUUGGCAAGGAAAUUUUGAAUCAUGGAUACAGGAUCCUUUACACGUAAGACCUAUUGCUCAUGCCAUUUGGGAUCCUCAUUUUGGGCAACCCGCUGUGGAAGCCUUUACUCGAGGAGGUGCUGCCGGUCCAGUGAAUAUCGCUUAUUCUGGGGUUUAUCAGUGGUGGUAUACAAUUGGAUUGCGCACCAAUGAAGAUCUUUAUACUGGAGCUCUUUUUCUAUUAUUUCUUUCUACGCUAUCCUUAAUAGGGGGUUGGUUACAUCUACAACCCAAAUGGAAGCCAAGCCUUUCGUGGUUCAAAAACGCCGAAUCUCGUCUGAAUCAUCAUUUGUCAGGACUUUUCGGAGUAAGUUCUUUGGCUUGGACAGGACAUUUAGUUCAUGUUGCUAUUCCCGGAUCCAGGGGGGAGUACGUUCGAUGGAAUAAUUUCUUAGAUGUAUUACCCUAUCCCCAGGGGUUGGGUCCCCUUCUGACGGGUCAGUGGAAUCUUUAUGCCCAAAAUCCUGAUUCGAGUAAUCAUUUAUUUGGUACCACUCAAGGAGCGGGAACUGCCAUUCUGACCCUUCUUGGGGGAUUCCAUCCACAAACACAAAGUUUGUGGCUGACCGAUAUUGCUCAUCAUCAUUUAGCUAUUGCAUUUAUUUUUCUCAUUGCCGGUCAUAUGUAUCGAACUAACUUCGGAAUUGGGCACAGUAUCAAAGAUCUUUUAGAAGCACAUACUCCUCCGGGGGGUCGAUUAGGACGUGGGCAUAAAGGCCUUUAUGAUACAAUCAAUAAUUCGAUUCAUUUUCAAUUAGGCCUUGCUCUAGCUUCCUUAGGGGUUAUUACUUCCUUAGUAGCUCAACAUAUGUACUCUUUACCUGCUUAUGCAUUCAUAGCACAAGACUUUACUACUCAAGCUGCUUUAUAUACUCAUCACCAAUACAUUGCAGGGUUCAUCAUGACAGGGGCUUUUGCUCAUGGAGCUAUUUUUUUCAUUAGGGAUUACAAUCCGGAACAGAAUGAAGAUAAUGUAUUGGCAAGAAUGUUAGACCAUAAGGAAGCUAUCAUAUCUCAUUUAAGUUGGGCUAGCCUCUUCCUAGGAUUCCAUACCUUGGGCCUUUAUGUUCAUAACGACGUUAUGCUUGCUUUUGGUACUCCAGAAAAGCAAAUCUUGAUUGAACCUAUAUUUGCCCAAUGGAUACAAUCUGCUCAUGGUAAGACGACAUAUGGGUUCGAUAUACUCUUAUCUUCAACGAAUGGCCCCGCUUUCAAUGCAGGUCGAAACAUAUGGUUGCCCGGAUGGUUGAAUGCUGUUAAUGAGAAUAGUAAUUCGCUUUUCUUAACAAUAGGACCUGGGGAUUUCUUGGUUCAUCAUGCUAUUGCUCUAGGUUUGCAUACAACUACAUUGAUUUUAGUAAAGGGUGCUUUAGAUGCACGCGGUUCCAAAUUAAUGCCGGAUAAAAAGGAUUUCGGGUAUAGUUUUCCUUGCGACGGCCCAGGGCGCGGCGGUACUUGUGAUAUUUCUGCUUGGGACGCGUUUUAUUUGGCAGUUUUCUGGAUGUUAAAUACCAUUGGAUGGGUUACUUUUUAUUGGCAUUGGAAACACAUUACAUUAUGGCAGGGCAACGUUUCACAAUUUAAUGAAUCCUCCACUUAUUUGAUGGGAUGGUUAAGAGAUUACCUAUGGUUAAACUCUUCACAACUUAUUAAUGGAUAUAAUCCUUUUGGGAUGAAUAGUUUAUCAGUAUGGGCUUGGAUGUUCUUAUUUGGACAUCUUGUUUGGGCUACAGGAUUUAUGUUCUUAAUUUCCUGGCGUGGAUAUUGGCAGGAAUUAAUUGAGACUUUAGCAUGGGCUCAUGAACGGACACCUUUGGCUAAUUUAAUUCGCUGGAGAGAUAAGCCCGUGGCUCUUUCCAUUGUGCAAGCAAGAUUGGUCGGAUUAGCCCACUUUUCCGUGGGUUAUAUAUUCACUUAUGCAGCUUUCUUGAUUGCCUCAACAUCAGGCAAGUUUGGUUAAUUUAGUUAUUUUUUUUUGUACUGUAUCAGAACCCAGUUCAUUACUCUUGAUGGAGAGGGAGGAUCCGCCUUUUUAGAUUUUUGCUAUUUAUUUUUCUAUCUAGGAUUAGAACCAUAUACUUGGUAAUAAUAGGAACGGCACAUUAUGGCAAAAAAAAGUUUGAUUCAGAGGGAGAAGAAGCGGCAGAAAUUAGAACAAAAAUAUCAUUUGAUUCGUCGAUCCU